AUGAAAUUAAUCAAUUAAAACGAGUAGAUUGAUUCAGAUUCAAAUGACACUAUUCCACAACAGGAAUAAUCAUAAGCACUCACUCAUCCAAAUUUUUUGGCAUAAAUUGCUGCUUAGAAUUGUAUUUUAUUCAUAAUUUACAAGAAUCAACUGGAGUAUUGUACUUAAAUAGAAAAAUCAAUGUAAAUUAGAGAUUAUUAAACAUGAAAAGAGUAAAAAUAAUAUGAUAUUUUAUUAGAGAAGAAUAUCCAAGAAAUUAUAAAGUAGAAAUGAACUACUUAAGCGUAUUGUUCAAUAAGACCUAAAUAAUUUAUUUGAUAUAUGAUUGAAUGCUGAUAGAUGUCAGAAG